UUUUGCUAAGGAAAGUGAUAUUGCCUUCUACACAGUAGUAACACUGUAACAGUAUCUUCAAACAGUAAUAACAAAGCACAUGAUCAAAUAUCUCCCGACAUAGUGUAUCUGGAUACUCCUCCCAGCACCGCUUACCACAAUUUCCCUGUGCCCAAUCUCCAGAAAUGCUCUGAUUCUUCAAAAUUCCACUCUGGGUUCAUCAUAUCUUUCACGGGAAGUUGCUCUGUCACACGUUUGUUAGUUCUCGUUGGACUGGCUGCAAUAUAAGACUUCUGUUCUCUCGGGAUUGAAGGUUAGCGGGAGUAUAACAGAUGGGUGGUAUAUUGAGCCUAAGCAAUCCUGAUUGCCCCACGACCGAGCUAAAUGAGGUUUCGCAAAGUGAAAUGUGUAAAAGACAGAAGAUAUCAGUUAACGUUUGGGAAGAUAUCCCGGAUUUGAUUCCCAGCCUGCCUAAUGAGAUAUCCAUCCAGAUUCUUGCGAGGCUCCCGAGAAAUUAUUACUUGAAUGCAAAGUUAGUGUGUCGGGGCUGGAAAGAUGCGGUUACGAGUCCUGAGCUGUAUAAAGUAAGAAAAGAGCUUGGAACGACUGAGGAGUGGCUCUACGUUUUGACUAAGGGUAGUGGCGAUAAGCUUUUAUGGUAUGGCUUAGAUCCGGUCUCGAGGAAAUGGCAGAGGUUGCCACCGGUGCCUAGUUUGACCGUGAAUGAUGGUUCUAGACGGGGCUUGUCUGCUCUUCGGUUAUGGAGCGUGGUGAGUUCAACAAUCAGAAUUGCGGGUGCCAUAAGGGGCUGGCUCGGGAAGAAAGACUCUCUUGACCAAACCCCGUUUUGUGGUUGUGCUAUUGGAGCUGUGAACGGUUGCCUCUAUGUGCUGGGAGGGUUUUGCAAAGCCUCAACCAUGAGAUGUGUGUGGCGAUAUGACCCGAUAACCAACACUUGGAACGAGGUCAGUCCUAUGUGCGUUGGUCGGGCUUAUUGUAAGACGGGGGUCUUAAAUGGCAAGCUUUAUGUAGUUGGAGGCGUGACUCGGGACCAGGGCGGGCUGACCCCUCUCCAAUCUGCUGAAGUAUUCGAUCCACACACGGGCGUUUGGGUGGAAGUCCCGAGCAUGCCAUUCACCAAAGCUCAUAUGUUGCCUACUGCUUUCUUAGCUGAUUUUCUUAAACCUAUGGCCACCGGGAUCUCAUCUUACCGGGGAAAGCUUUAUGUUCCACAAAGUCUAUAUUGCUGGCCAUUUUUUGUCGAUGCUGGGGGCGAAGUGUAUGAUCCAGAGACAAACGCGUGGGUUGAAAUGCCAAUGGGCAUGGGCGAAGGCUGGCCUGCAAGACAGGCAGGAACAAAACUAAGUGUUAUCGUCGACGGGGAACUCUAUGCUUUGGAUCCUUCCAGCUCGUUUGACAGCGCCAAGAUAAAAGUGUACGAUUCUCAGGACGAUUCCUGGAAGGCAAUCGAGGGAGACAUCCCCAUCCGAGACCUCACUGAUUCAGAGUCCCCAUAUCUACUGGCAGGCCUUCUUGGCAAGCUCAACGUGAUUACUAAAGAUGCAAAUCAAAACAUCCUCGUCUUGCAAGCAGACAGGCCUAAUCAGAACCAGAACGAGAAUGCCCCGUCUCCUCAAGACAAAUCAUCCCAAGAACACUCGGAAUCAGCAUUACCAUCUGAUACAAACAUAUGGAGAGUUAUUGCAUCAAGGAACAGCGGGGCUGCUGAGCUGAUCAGCUGUCAGAUUCUCGAUAUGUAACUAUGCCCGUUCUCGAGGUCAGUUCGAAUCAACCACCACUUAGUUUUAUGGUUUUUCCAAGUAUGAAAUCUUAACUUACUCUGCAGGAGUGAGCAUUUCACUCCCCUACUUAUAUAAACAUAGCAUAUAUAUAUAUAUAGUUUACAGGCUGUGUGUAUGUAUAAUACAGCAGAUAGUUAUUACGUUAUUAUUAUCGUUACUAUUAUUCCAUUAAUAAAACGUUAGAAAGGGUUCGUUGUGCAUGUACUGAACUAUUGAGUAAACUGAGUACAACUUCAUAGUUGGUUCUUGAAAUUCUGCAGCACUAAUGUUGAUCAGUAUAUGUAUUAAGAAACAUGUUUUGAGUGAAUAAAAUGUUCCCCAUA